AUGGCCGGCUCUAAGAUUCUUGUUCUUGGAGCAACAGGGCCAACCGGCAUCAACGUCCUCCGCGAGCUCAUUCAUCGAAAGUUGUCGGCAGUGGUCUACGCUCGAACUCCAUCGAAAAUCCCUCCAGAACUACAAUCGAGUCCCUACAUUGAGAUUAUUCAAGGGGAAUUCAGAGCCUCAGAUGAGCCGGCUCUUUCUCGCGCGAUAGCUCAGUGCUAUGCCGUGAUUUCGCUCAUCGGCCCUGUAUUAGGGGAAGUAAGAAGCUACACCCCAACCUUUUUCGCCGAUAUCUACACUCAACAAGUGCUUCCAUUGAUGAUACAACACUCGGUUCCUAGGAUCCUGGCCAUGAGCACAGUCUCCGUCUACAGACAAGAGGACUCAUUUUCGUUCCUGCGAUGGCUGAAUUCACUCGUGAUCCGCCUAUUGUUUAGCACGGCUCAGAAAAACAUGUUUGCCGUCGAAGCUGCGUUCGACAAUGACAAGCAGGCUCAUGAGUUGGACUGGACUGUAUAUAGAAUGGUCAUAGUCCUGGGCGGCUGUGAUGAGCAGAGUUGGCAGAAGGAUAGGGCUGCCGGCGAGAUGUAUGCUGGCCCAGUUGGGGCCAAAGGUUUCAGUCUGCUUUCAAGAAGAGGACAGCUGGCGCGUUGGCUCGUGGACGCUGCCUUGGAUAAGAAUGGACAGUGGUCGCAAAAGAUGCCUGCCGUGAGUCGCGUGGCUGGCGGCAAGAGCAGCAAGGCAGCUUGA